GGAACCGGGGAGGGGCUCCUUAAAGAAACGCUGCUGUCGCUCGCCUGCUCGCUUUGCGCUCGGCAUUGUGGCCAGCCAGCCGGGCACUCGGGGGGCACGCGCUGCCGCCGCUCGAGCUCUGCCCCCACCCCAACCGCCAGCAGAUCUGGGGUGGGGACCCAGGCGGGGGCUCUUGCAGCCACUGCCCGGUGCGGACUGCACGCAGAGACCCACUGCUCCCGGAGCCGAGAAAGGAGCCACGGAGCCCUCCGCAGCCGACCGGCCUCCCCGCCCCUAACCACCCUCUUCCCGGCUGCCUUUGUGGCUGCAGCUUCUGGCUGCUGAGCGGAGAGCCGGCUGGGGCGCGGCGUGCACGGCGGAGCAAUGCCCAGCUCGCUGUUUGCAGACCUGGAGCGCAACGGCAGCGGCGGCGGCGGAGGAGGAGGCGGCGGGGGAGGCGGCGGUGGCAGCGGCGGAGGAGAGACUCUGGAUGACCAAAGAGCCCUGCAGCUUGCGCUCGAUCAGCUCUCUCUGUUGGGGCUGGACAGUGACGAGGGCGCCUCACUGUACGACAGCGAGCCGCGCAAGAAGAGCGUGAACAUGACCGAGUGCGUGCCAGUACCCAGUUCCGAACAUGUCGCGGAGAUCGUAGGGCGACAAGGUUGUAAAAUCAAAGCUUUGAGGGCGAAGACCAACACUUACAUCAAGACCCCAGUUCGCGGGGAGGAGCCUGUCUUUGUUGUGACGGGCAGGAAGGAGGAUGUGGCCAUGGCUCGGAGGGAGAUCAUCUCUGCCGCGGAGCACUUCUCCAUGAUCCGAGCCUCUCGUAACAAGAACACAGCCCUCAACGGCGCUGUUCCCGGGCCGCCCAACCUUCCGGGACAGACCACUAUCCAAGUGAGGGUGCCAUAUCGCGUGGUGGGGCUCGUGGUAGGGCCGAAGGGCGCCACGAUCAAGCGCAUUCAACAGCAGACACACACAUACAUUGUGACACCCAGCCGGGACAAGGAGCCAGUGUUCGAGGUGACUGGGAUGCCAGAAAACGUGGAUCGCGCUAGAGAGGAGAUCGAGGCUCACAUUGCGCUGCGCACCGGUGGCAUCAUCGAGCUGACAGAUGAGAACGACUUCCAUGCCAAUGGCACAGAUGUAGGCUUUGAUCUGCAUCACGGGUCCGGCGGGUCCGGGCCUGGCAGCCUGUGGAGCAAACCCACCCCAAGCAUCACUCCUACCCCUGGCCGCAAGCCCUUCUCCAGUUAUCGCAACGACAGCUCCAGCUCACUUGGUAGCGCAUCUACAGACUCCUACUUCGGUGGUGGGACCAGCGGCAGUGCAGCUGCCACUUCACGCCUGGCGGACUAUAGCCCUCCCAGUCCUGCGCUCAGCUUUGCCCACAAUGGAAACAACAAUAAUAACGGCAAUGGUUACACGUACACCACCGGGGAAGCCUCAGUGCCUUCCCAGGAUGGUGGUCCUGAGCUGCAGCCUACUUUCGAUCCAGCUCCCGCCCCACCACCAGGGACACCCCUUCUCUGGGCUCAAUUCGAGCGGUCCCCUGGAGGUGGAUCUGCAGCCCCAGUAUCCUCUUCCUGCUCUUCCUCGGCAUCCUCAUCUGCUUCAUCAUCCUCGGUGGUCUUUCCCGGGGGUGGCGCCAACAGCACACCCUCCAAUGCCAACCUGGGGCUGCUGGUGCACCGUCGGCUGCACCCGGGCACCAGCUGCCCACGCCUGUCUCCACCCUUGCACAUGGCUCCAGGGGCUGGAGAGCAUCACCUGGCUCGGCGUGUGCGCAGCGACCCGGGCGGUGGAGGUCUGGCCUAUGCGGCCUAUGCUAAUGGGCUAGGAGCGCAGCUCCCUGGUCUGCCUUCCUCGGACACUUCAGGCUCAUCCUCCUCCUCCAGCUCCUCCUCCAGCUCUUCCUCCUCUUCCUCCGGGCUGAGGCGCAAGGGUAGCCGCGACUGCUCUGUGUGCUUUGAGAGUGAAGUGAUCGCAGCGCUGGUGCCCUGUGGCCACAACCUCUUCUGCAUGGAGUGUGCCAACCGCAUUUGUGAGAAGAGUGAGCCCGAGUGUCCCGUCUGCCACACAGCGGUCACUCAGGCCAUCCGCAUCUUUUCCUGAAGGCAGUGCGCGCGCUUGCGUGCACUGUGCAGGGAAGGAGGGUCUUCUCCCUAGACCCUUAUUCCUUAGGGCCUACUUGCCCAGAUGCCUCUGGUGCCGCCUCUUUCCACCUCACCCUCCUCACAGAGAUCCCAGAGGAGCUUGGAAAGCUGUAGUAUCCGCUCAUUUUUAAAAUGUCAUUUUAAAACAAAGGAACUUGCCAGGAUCUCUGCAUCAGGAGUACUGUAGCCUGGGAAGCCUCCGAACCACCUGAAUUGCAUGCUCUAUAAAUAAUAGGAACGGCGACAUUCUAGUAAUGAUAGUUUUUACACUGUACUAUAGGAAGCUUCCAAAAGAAGAAAACCCCACAAGUUUUCAAUUUUCUUGAAGUAGGAGAAAAAUGAACAGUAAUUAUGAAGAUGAUUAAUAAUUGUGCUAUGGGAUGUGUGGACUGUUUCGUGUGUUUCCCUUUGUGGGUGGGUUCCUACAGCACUCGUUCUAGAACACAAGUGGAUCCUUUUUGAAUGUUCAUGGAAGGGCCAGGCGUUCUGUACAACCAGGACCCUGCAGCUUUAUUAAAGUUAAAACUGUAACAUAUCUCUUAUAUAUUAAAAAAAAAAAAACCUUUAAAAGUUUUAAAGAGAAAUUGCAUUAAUACAGAUUGAAGUAUUUUAUUCUUUUUUUGACUUGAAAAAUUAUAUUUCAUAUUGCAAAGAUGUUUACAAGUAUUUUAAUUUAAGUUCAGUGAACUUUUUUGUAGCUGGGUUAAAUCUUUUUAUUUUUAGUAUGGCCUUAUGGCAAAGAACACUGUAUUAUUUUAAUAAUCACACAAUUGUGACGGAUUACAAACCAUAAAAUGUAUAACGUUUUGAGCAGUAUUCUGUUGGGAUGGAGAUUUUAUAGGUUCAGACAAAAUCUUCUAGAUCUGCUUCACCCAGCAUAUUUUCUAUUCAGUGAUAUAAAGCAUAUUUUAUUCUAUAUUAUUACAAAAAACGGAAAUGUAUAAACAUGUCAAAAUGAACAGUUGAUGCUUUCUAACAUUUGUAUAAAUAGAAUUCAGUGCAAAUUACAGAAAUUCUGUUGCACCGCUAUAGUUUUAGUGUUUCUAUUUUAAUACAUUUGUUUACCACUUGUUUAUGUAUAUGUAGGUGAUGUUACUUGAGCUUAAAUGUACUUUACUGAGCAAAGUUUAAAAAACAAAGUAUAUUUUAUUUUAUGAUAAAGGGCCUUUAACCUCAUGGUCAAAUACUAAUAUUAUAUUUGCUGAGACAAGAUUUGAAAUUGUAUCAAGAGUUUUAUUUUUCUGACAUUUAAAGUUCUACAUAAUAAAGGUAAACUUAAGUAAUGGUGCUACUUCAUUUUUUAAGUAUUUCUAUAUAAAUAAAACAUUGACGAAAAAUCA